AUUCCUUCCAUAGAUACACACAUAUCUAUCGUUGCCCCCAAUAUUUGUUCCACCCCAGCACCCAUUUCCCAAAGAGCCUCCGCCAUGGCAGACCACCUUCAAGUUCAAGUGCAACAACAACAACUGAAUCUGCCACCAGGGUUUAGGUUUCAACCGACGGACAUGGAGAUCAUCACCUUCUACCUGGUCCCGAAGGUGCUGAAGAAAGUCUUCAACACCACGGUUGUCGAGGAGGUGGACUUGAACAAAUGUGAGCCAUGGGAUCUCCUAAAGAAGGUAAACAUGGGGGAUAAGGGGCGAUACUUCUUCUCCCAGAAGGACCUCAAGUACUCCAUCGGGAUACGGACCAACCGGGCCACGAAGGCCGGCUAUUGGAAGGCCACCGGAAAGGACAAGGAGAUCAUCCACCCACCGACCAUGAGUAUCAUCGGCAUGAAGAAGACGCUCGUCUUCUACAAGGGAAGGGCCCCCAAGGGGGAGAAGACAAACUGGAUCAUGCACGAGUACAGACUCGAGAGCGGCAAGCAACCCACACCCAACCUGCCCACUAACAUCGCCAAAGCCACCACCAUUAAUGCAUCUUCCAAAGGGGAGUAUGUGGUUUGUAGAAUCUUCCAUAAGAGUACUGGACUGAAGAAGGUGAUGAUGCCAUCAUAUGACAUGUCCAUUCCCAUGUCCAUGGGGGGAGAGAAACAACAGGGCUUCCUCGACUCCACUACAUUGGAUCCUCUCAUGGACUGCGACGUGUUGUCGUCACUGGCACCGCCGCCUCCGUUGCCUGCAACUUCUUUGGACCAGACGCAUACCUUCGAGGCCGGAUCGUUUGUGAUGGGCAGUGCGGUGCUUCCGAUGAUGAACAAUCACUACUUUGGGAACCACUACCAACAAAUGAUGGCCUUGCCACAGUCAAUGUCAUUCUACAACAACCACCAGCAACAGCAGAUGAUGGAGAUGAGUGUAGACCAGGGCUUCAUGGUUGGGGUCGAUCCUGGGAGCGUUUCAUCAUCCAUAGUGUGUCAUGAGGACGUUGUGACCUGGUUGAGCAACAACAACUAGGGUAAUGGUGGCACAACAACCUCCGGCGAGAUCUCAUUGAUGAACAUGGGAAUGGAUGUCAUGUGGAACUACUGAUGAUCAUAUGACCCGCGAGAACAUAUACAUGUGUGCAUGCAUAAAAUUAUCAUCCACCAGAAGAUCAGUUGAUAUAUACCAACAUCUGUAUUGGUUUGUAGCGCAUUUUAUUUUUUAGCAUGAUCACAAGAGAGUAUGUAACACUAAAAAAAAAUACACUUCCGUGAUGAUACGUGUUUGUCACA